AUGCUUUCCAAAGUUAUUAUUUGCUGGUUAAUAGCGACUGUUUUCGCUCAUGGAAUUCCAAGUAUUCACAGAGAUAAGAGAGCAAUUGCUGAUAAAAGAGAUAAUGACGCUUAUGAUAUAAUUUUUGAAAAUUUACCUAGAGAUGAAUUUGAUUAUAUCAACUAUCAUUUACAAUUAUUAGAGAAGGCAAAGGGAAAUGGAACCAACUGUGAUCAAUGUAAAAAUAGAAUCAAAUUUGCUCAAAAUUUAAUUGAAACUGAUCCUGAUCAUGAACAUCUUGUUUCAUUAUUAUUAUACAAGGAUUGCUUGUUAACACCUUAUACAAAGAGCCUGUGUAAAUUUAAGGAGGUUUUUACAUCUACUCAAUCAAAAAAUUUCGAAAGAUUUAAUCAAAAUUAUGACUCUGGUAUUGGCAACAGUGAUAUGAUUAACGUUUAUGAUAAUGAUUUUUUACAUUUUUUAAAAGAAUUUAACACCACUAAUGAAAAAGAUUUAGAAUAUUAUUGUCAUAAUAAAGGUGGCGCAUGUAAAGAACCAAAUGCAACAGAAAUUGUCGAUUCUUUUAAAUUAGAUCAAUGGUGGCCUGCAAAACAGUCUAAACAUUACUUUGAACCUACUUAUAAUAACACCGAGAGAGAAAGAUUCAAUGUUAUUCAUAUGAGUGAUUUCCAUUUGGAAAUUCGUUAUGAGGUUGGUACUGAAGGACAAUGUAACUCAAAUACAUGUGGUUUACCAGAAUCUGUUGCUAAUACACUACCAGGUGAUGAUUAUAAUUUUACAACUUAUUAUGCUGGACAGAAUCCUAAUGCCAAAGCUUUUGAAUUUUCAUUUUACCCCGAUGCUCAUUAUGAUACAGCUGGGAAUUAUAUAAAGGGAGACUAUUAUGAUUUUCCAAAGUAUCGUGGUUGGAAUUAUAAUUAUGCUCCAGCAACUGUUUUUGGUGUAUAUUCAGGUGAUGCUCCAGAAGUUUUAAUUAAUAGUUCUUUAGUUAACAUGGCCAAAUUACAUAAAGAGAAAAAUUUUGAAUUAGCAUUAUUCACAGGUGAUUUAGUAGAUCAUGAUACCAUUCAAUGUACCCCUGAGUUUGUUAAAAAGGAAGAAACUAGAUGUUUUGAAUUGAUGAAACAUUAUCUAAACAAUUUGACUGUAUUGCCAAGUAUGGGUAAUCAUGAUGCUUUUCCUUAUGCUCAGUUAGCGCCAUUAAAGUAUGAUUACAAUAAUACAUAUAGUUGGAAUGAUGAUGAUAUGAUAAACUUAUGGAUCAACAAUCAAUGGUUUCCAGAAAGAGAUGCAAAUGAUUUAAAAUCUCAUUAUUCGGGGUUUUCAUACGUUACUGAUAGAGGAUUGAAAAUUAUUGGAUUAAAUUCAAAUACUUACUAUUCAUCAAAUUUAUGGAGUUAUCUCGAUAUUACAACAGAUCCUGAUCCAUUCGGUCAAUGGAAAUUUUUGAUAGAUGAAUUGAUUGAAAGUGAAAAGAGAAAUCAAAGAGUUUGGAUAAUGGCACAUGUUCCAACAAACUCUGGUGACGAAACCCAUGUACCUGCGUUAAUAUUUAAAAAGAUUGUUGAACGUUUUGCUCCCUACACUAUAAGUCUGAUUUUUUAUGGACAUACUCAUGUUGAUCAAUUUAGUGUUUUUUAUAUCGACAGUCCAGGCAGAAAUUCAACAAUCAACAAUUCUACAAAUUCAAUAGAUAAAGAUCCUAUUGCAUUGUCAUGGGUAGUUCAAUCAUUAACUCCUUGGGUUUACUAUAAUCCAUCUUAUAGAUAUUAUGAAGUUGAGGAUGAAAGUUUUAAUAUCAUGGAAUCAUACAACUAUUACAUACAUUUAAAUGAAACAAUGAUAAAUAAUGGAGAUGAGCCAGAAUGGUUAUUAGAAUAUUCUGCAAGAGAAGCUUACGAUCCUGAUGGAACUUGGGGUAAAAAUUUACCAUUGAAUGCUACCUUUUGGGAUGAAUAUGUAGUUCAAAAAUUAAAAGAUAAAUCGAAUAUUGAGUUUAAUCAAUUAUAUAUGGAUUACAUGUAUAGGAAAAGUCCUGCUACUCCAAAUUGUAAUGGGAAUAAUAGUCAAAUUACAAACGAAUGCUGGGAAAAUAAUUAUUGUUUUGUCAAUAUGGAUGGUUGUUAA